AUGUCGAACAACCGCAAACUGAGUCAGGCGACGGGCGGCAACAAAGAAGACAACGGUGGUCACUAUGGCGGUGGCUGCAGAGUUGGCGGUGGUCACAGAGAUGGAAGUGGCAGAGGAAAUUAUGGUGGUCGCGGAGAUGGCAUGCUAGAUGAAACGUCGAUGGUCACAAACCGCAGUGAUAAUGGCGACAACAAUGGAAACAGGAAUAACAUUGUUUAUGGUGACAUUUAUUCCAACAUAGGCGACAAUGACCAAGAGGGUUCCUCAUACUCCCUCAAGAUCAAUAUUCCUAAAAUGAAUGGGAAUAACUAUAAUGAAUUAGCCCAAAUCGUUUGCUUGGUAUUAUAUAACAAAAAGAAGCUUGGUUUUUAA